AACAGUUGUAUAAGCCUGUAAGAUAGCUCCCUAAACAGUACUCAUUUAAAAAACGGUGUGAAAUACAGGGGAGGCUCCUCUUUGAUUUGCUCCAAAGUUUAUAAAAUGAGCUGGGCUAGAAGUCCAGUCGGAGCAAACAUUAUGUGAUUAUUUAUUUAUUAUUUUUAAAUUUGGAUUAUUAUUUACUCAGUGUCACGUAAUCCACUCAGAUACCCUCGCGUAUUUGACAGGGUGGUGAGAAAGCUGCGGUGGGAUUCCGAGCGUAUACGUGUGGUUUAAAGCUCUUGUAAAAAUCUGCGAAGGCGCUUCAGAUGGCGCACCUCCAACUACGGAACAGGUGCGGCACGGCAGCCCGGAAACGACACCAAAGGAAACUCCAGAUUCCGGGAAAAAAUACGUAAAAGCCCCGUCCUUUCCUUCUUCCCUGCAAACUUCCGCGAGUGGCUUUUCUCGGAAUAGCAGGUCCAUUGACGACGGUUUGUUGAGCUGAACGUUUAGUCCAGACGAGACGAUGGAGAAGAGGGACCUACAGCAGGACUUCCAGAACCAGUUCAGUGACGUGGUCACCAGACUCUCCUCCAAGCAGCUGUUCCAGUCGGACUGGGACAUCGCCUCCUUCGCCAUUUUCUUCAUUUUCAUUGGCAUGGUCUUGCUCUUGGUGAUUCUAGUUCUCAUCAGGUGCUGUUGCUGCUGCUGUUGUGAUGAUAAGCCAAAAACACGCAAGGUGGGCAUUGACAACAUGGCGCUGGAACCAUAGUUUAAAGACGAACCCAAGCACCUCUGAAAUAUCGAAAGCCACCUUUUUUAACUGUGUAUUUCUGAAUGCUUUUUUGUUUAAAUUACGUGCAAGGAGUAGCAGAGAGAAUGUGUAAAUAAUGGGUAGUGUUUUAGAAAGCAAAUAUUCACAUCCAGUCAUGUGCUUGUAUCAACAUCGCCAGUGUAAAUAUGGUGAACAAAUUUCUAGGCUAUAUUAAAUGUCUACUUUUGGA